AAAACCAUUCCGAUCCUUUUUCCUUGCUAUUCUCUCUUUCUUUCUUUACACAAAAACAAAUAACAAACAAAUAUUUGUGUCUUUUUUUUUGUUGUUCCAAGGAAAAUGGGGAGUCUAACAGUUGAAAAUGUGCAACAAAAUGGUGUCAGUGACGUGUUAUGUGUGAAGGGUGAUCCAUUGAGCUGGGGUGUGGCUGCAGAGGCUUUGACAGGGAGUCAUCUUGAUGAGGUCAAAAGAAUGGUGGCUGAGUUUAGGAAGCCAUUGGUGAAGUUGGGUGGUGAGACACUGACCGUGUCUCAAGUGGCUGGGAUCGCGGCUAGUGAUCAAGUGAAAGUGGAGCUGUCUGAGUCAGCCAGGGCUGGAGUGAAGGCUAGUAGUGAUUGGGUGAUGGAGAGCAUGAAUAAAGGGACUGAUAGUUAUGGUGUUACUACUGGCUUUGGUGCCACUUCUCACCGCAGGACUAACCAAGGUGGUGCUCUUCAAAAGGAACUCAUCAGGUUUUUGAAUUCCGGAAUCUUUGGGCAUGGCACUGAAUCAAGCCACACACUUCCACAUUCAGCAACAAGAGCUGCUAUGCUAGUAAGAAUCAAUACCCUUCUCCAAGGGUACUCUGGCAUCCGUUUCGAGAUCUUGGAAGCUGUCACCAAGCUUCUCAACGCCAAUGUCACCCCUUGUUUGCCCCUUCGUGGGACCAUUACUGCUUCGGGAGAUCUGGUACCGUUGUCCUACAUUGCUGGACUUCUCACAGGCCGUCCCAACUCCAAAGCCAUGGGACCGAAUGGACAAAUUCUCAAUGCCGAAAAGGCUUUUAACGUAGCUGGUGUUGAUGGUGGGUUCUUUGAGCUACAACCUAAAGAAGGUCUAGCACUUGUUAAUGGUACUGCAGUAGGAUCAGGCAUGGCUUCUACGGUCCUUUUUGAGGCAAAUGUGCUUGCAUUGUUAUCAGAAGUCUUGUCUGCCAUUUUUGCAGAGGUUAUGCAGGGGAAGCCCGAGUUUACUGACCACUUGACACACAAACUAAAGCAUCAUCCAGGGCAGAUUGAGGCUGCAGCUAUUAUGGAGUACAUUUUAGAUGGAAGUGAUUAUGUUAAGGCUGCACAAAAGGUUCAUGAAAUGGACCCUUUGCAGAAGCCAAAACAGGACCGUUAUGCUCUAAGGACAUCACCCCAAUGGCUAGGUCCACAAAUUGAGGUCAUCCGGUCAUCAACUAAAAUGAUUGAAAGAGAGAUCAAUUCUGUCAAUGACAACCCUUUGAUUGAUGUCUUAAGGAACAAGGCUAUACAUGGUGGUAACUUCCAAGGAACCCCAAUUGGUGUCUCCAUGGAUAACACACGUUUGGCCAUCGCUGCAAUUGGGAAACUCAUGUUUGCCCAAUUCUCUGAGCUUGUGAAUGACUUUUACAACAACGGAUUGCCCUCAAAUCUCUCAGGUGGCCGGAAUCCUAGCUUGGACUAUGGGUUCAAAGGCGGAGAGAUCGCAAUGGCCUCAUAUUGCUCAGAACUCCAGUUUCUAGCGAAUCCAGUCACUAACCAUGUCCAAAGUGCUGAACAACACAAUCAAGACGUGAACUCUCUAGGAUUGAUUUCUGCAAGGAAAACAGCUGAAGCUGUUGACAUCUUAAAGCUCAUGUCUUCUACAUACUUGGUGGGUCUAUGCCAAGCCAUCGAUCUCCGACACUUAGAGGAGAACUUGAAAGCCGUUGUUAAGAAUACCGUUAGCCAUGCAGCCAAAAAGGUCCUAACUACGGGUGUAAAUGGUGAGCUCCACCCUUCCAGAUUCUGCGAAAAAGACUUGCUUCGAGUAGUGGACAGAGAAUAUGUCUUUGCAUACAUUGACGACCCUUGCCUAGCCACAUAUCCAUUAAUGCAAAAGCUUAGACAAGUCCUUGUUGACCAUGCAUUAGACAAUGGAGAGAAUGAGAAAGAUGCAGGCUCUUCAAUCUUCCAAAAGAUUGGAGCUUUUGAAAAUGAAAUAAAAACCGUGUUACCAAAGGAGGUGGAUAGUGUAAGAAGCGCCUUUGAGAACGAUAGUCUGACUAUCCCAAACAGGAUUGAGGCUUGCAGGUCCUACCCAUUGUAUAGGUUCGUGAGGGAAGGACUGGGAGCAGAGUAUUUGACAGGGGAGAAGGUUACUUCACCGGGAGAGGAAUUCGACAAAGUUUUUACAGCAAUAUGCAAAGGGAAAAUAAUCGAUCCAUUGUUGGAGUGUCUUGAAGGCUGGAAUGGUGUUCCACUUCCAAUUUCUUAGGUUUAUUAAACUCGUCCGAGUCUGUCGUUUAUUCAAGUUCCUUUAUUAAGUCCCUUCUUGAUAGUGUGUCCUGUUUCUUCAUAAUUUGAAUGAUACUUUUAGCAUUUAUGAAAGGUAGAGGAGCUACAGGUUUAACAUUUGAAAGUUUUAGUGAAUGUUUCAUUUCAUUUAUUAUUAAUUUAAAUAUGAACUUAUGUUUAUUAAA